AUGUCUGACUCAGAGUCGUCCCGUCCCGUCGCUCGUCCGGCCGCUUCUGGCGUUGCCAAACCGCCCGGUGCGCAGGUUCGCCGGCGAGCAGCAGGCUCUACUCAGGUCUCCAAGCCCAACUCGACCCGUGCGGCAGGUGCUGGUGGUUCCUCAAACACGAUGUUGAAGCUGUACACAGACGACUCACCUGGGAUUCGAGUCGACCCCUUUAUUGUGCUUGUCCUCUCCCUCUCUUUCAUUGCUUCCAUCUUCUUCCUUCACAUAUCGGCCAAGAUCAUCCGCGCUUUCACCAAAUAG